AUGGUGGACGAAGAGCAGCACGAGCAGACGCCCGCCCAUCUCAACCCAGCCAACUUCCCGCAGCGCCUGGCGCAUCCAGAGGCCAACAUCCGGGUUGAGCUGACCUACAGUCCUCUGGCGCCCUCGGAGUACACAGCUCACGUCCGCUCGCCCCAUGCCGGCGCAAACAUCCUCUUUCUGGGCACCACACGGUCCUCCUUUGCGGACAGGCCGGUUGCGCGGCUGGCGUACUCGAGCUAUGCGCCCAUGGCCCUCGAGACUAUGAUGGCUAUCGCCAGGGAGUCUACUUCCAAACAUGGCCUGACGGGUGUCAGCAUUGCCCACAGACUCGGCGAGGUGGCUGUUGGAGAGGAGAGCAUCGUGGUCGCGGUGAGUGCGGCACAUCGAGGGCCGGCCUGGCGGGCGGCAGAGGAGAUCCUAGAGAAGUGCAAGGAGAAGGUCGAGAUAUGGAAGAGAGAAGACUUUGCCGAUGACAGCUCGUCUGCCGAGUGGAGGGCCAACCGAGACCGGGACGCGGAUGGAAAGCCGGCCCAGUAG